CCCGCUCUAAAGAUAAUUGAAACCAGUGGGCGAUUUGAAGUUCUGGACUGGUCGGUGUAUAUUUAUCAGCUGAUACAUAUUUGUUUUGCUUCAGGUUAUAGUUGAUUGUUCUAUACUUAAAGUGUUUUGAAAUUCGAAGUUUCUUGAAAUGGCUACUGUUGAAAGACAAAUUACUUUCGUCGAUGAAAAAAAUGAUACUUGUCAAGACGAUUUUUGUUUGUGCCGCUGUAUGAAUAACAUGGGUAUUUUUACUUGUACGUGCUGCGCAGAAAUCGAAGAUAUUCACGAAUGGGCAUGGGAUGAUCAAGUAGCUUCUAAUGCUACUCUGCUAAGCAUGCAAAAUAGAGAAGUAAGAUUCCAUCCAGGCUAUAGCUCUGGAACUGCAGCAGUCCGCGGGGACUCUCCUUUGAAAAAAGGGAAUGUUUACUACUGGGAAAUAAAAAUGCUUACCUCAUUAUAUGGGACUGAUGUGAUGGUUGGAGUUGGUACUAAAAAAGCAGAACUUCAUAAGUCAGCUUAUCAGUUCUGUAGCUUGCUUGGUUCUGAUAAGGAAUCUUGGGGUUUUUCUUAUACUGGUAGACUGCAACACAAUGGAAAAAUGGAAUGGUAUGGACCACCUUUUGGCAAGGGAAGUAUUAUUGGUAUCUACUUAGAUAUGUGGAAAGGGACUCUUGAGUUCUUUUUAAAUCGUCGCCCGCUAGGGUUAGCAUUUCGCUCCAUCAGAAACAGUGUUCUGUACCCAAUGGUAUGUUCUACUGCAGCUCAAAGUGCUAUGCGGGUGACCUUGUCUAUAUCCCAUCCUGUAUCUCUGAAGUUGCUGGCACUUCAGGCACUUGGUGGUGAUACUCAGACAUUGCGCCAUCUUGUUUCAGUACCUGGUCUUCGCAAGUACAUAUCAAACUACUGGUGGUUAGUGGGUCGUAGUGAUGAGGAGCUGAGUCCUACUCCUAGGAAACGUCGUUUGGGUGAAGGUCGUGGCGAGGGUAGGAGGUCCCAAAGGAGGCAAUGCUGCUGCACAUGUGGUGGUCUCCGUCUGUGACUAGCGGCCUCUCUUCGUAGCUUCGUUAUUUCGUAUAGCCUUGUUGUAUUAGUCUCGUAGUAUUGUCUCUGCCCUUCCAGGCUAACGAUACUCUUGCCCUGACCCCCACUCUGAUUAUAACUAUUACCUCUCUCAGACUUCCUCCGGGAGAGCUGCCUUGAACACGCUACGGUGUGACAUAGCGUUACCGUUGAGGCUUGAGGUAAGCACUUAAAUACGAGAAAUAUGAGGCAGGUAGUAUGAUUGAGGUCAUACUCCCUCUCUUAUUUGUUAUUUUAUUAAGUUAUAGUAUGUGUUUCGGGUUGGUUUAGUCAAUGAUGCAAGUGCUCUUGAGCAGAGUUAUCUUGAGUAUUUUUUUUUUUUCUUUUUGUGUUAUAAUUGACUAAGUGACUUUUUCAGAUGCCAUUUUUAAUAUUUCUCGGAUAUGUUAAACAAAUAAAAUCAAAUCUUAUUAGCUAUUUUACUUGUAUUUUUUUCAUAUUUAAAUUUAGAACAUCUGAGCUAUUUGAUAAUCAUUUAAUAUUUAUACAAAUAAAAAAUGUUUAAACAACAUUAAUUGAAAACUUAACUAAUGAUACUGUGCUAAAACCAGUGAGAUUUAAUUAUCAAAUUGA